UAUUCUCAAUAUGUCGGCUUUAGUUUACUUUGAAAACAAUUUGGUGCCGAACAUAGAAUGCACAGAUGUGGCGUCAUUGAAAUUUGAGAUUUCACAACAGUAUGGUGUUUCUCAGCAAGACUUGUUCGUCACAGUCAAUGGCAAAACUGUUUCCUGCGACUUAGACCUUCGCAGCCUCAAUAAUGUGGUUAGAGUGUGUACAAAACUCGUUGGAGGGAAGGGCGGCUUCGGAUCUAUGUUGCGAGCUAUUGGCGCGCAAAUUGAGAAAACAACGAAUCGCGAAGCUUGUAGGGAUCUGUCUGGGCGUCGCCUGAGGGAUAUAAACGAAGAGAAACGGCUGAGGAAGUGGCUGGAAGGCCAGGAAGACCGCGAACGCGAGGCAGUCGAGCGUAAACAGAAGAAAUUGGAGCGAUUGAUGGCUGAGCCUAAAAUUGAUGUGAAUUUGAGUCCGAUGUAUGAGAAAGAGCGGCAGGAUCUACCGGGGCGGGUGAGUGCAGCCGUGGACGCUGGCUGGCAGGCUGCUGGGACCUCAAGUGAAGGUGGAACCAAGAGGAAGGUGGAGGAAGAUAAAUCUAAAGGCAGGAAGAAGGCGAAGUUGUGGAUUGAUGCAGAAUUAUCAGACUGUUCAUCGUUGAGUGACGAUGAGGAAGAUGCACCUACCUGCAGGGCCCAAGCUGUCUCAACGGACAGUGGAAAUGAAUCUGACCGUAUUUCAGACUCCAGUAGUAAACCAUGAAUUUAUAUAUUGUUUGGAAUGGACGGAGUUACUUUAAGAAAGUAUCACAUUAAUAUAGUUUGUUAGAUUUUAACUUCAGUUGAUU